AUGGAAGGGUCGAAUACUGCCAUCCCAGGCACCGUCACCUUGGUGGAUGUCAACCACGAUAUUGCUGCUCGUCAUCUUGAGCAUGGCGACACCGAUAUUAUUCUAGUCCCCACACCCUCUUCGGAUCCCAAUGACCCUCUGAACUGGUCCCCGCGCCGGAAACUUUUAGCUACAGUUUGUGUGAGCUUAUAUACUUUCUUUGUCGGCCUGGCCGGGUCGAUGUUAUACGCGGUGCUGGUUCCGCUGUCUGAAGAACGCGGAAUAUCAAUCGCAACGCUAAACCAGGGUACUGGCUACAUGUUUCUUCUUGCUGGCUGGGGUCUACUGUUCUGGCAACCUUUUGCCCAUCAGUAUGGGAAACGCUUGACAUACCUUAUAUCAGUCCUGGGGGGGAUCGCAGUGACGAUGUGGGGACCAUAUUGUUCGACUAACGCCCAGUGGAUUGGCCGCUGCAUCCUGCUCGGUUUUUUUGCAGCACCUACCGAAGCUCUCCCAGAGAUCUCCAUCACUGACCUGUAUUUUACCCACCAACGAGGAACAUACAUGAGCCUGUACGCCCUCGCUGUCUCUGGAAGUAACUAUUUCGCGCCGGUCAUCAGUGGGUUCAUUGCCCAAUACCAGAGCUGGCAAUGGGUGUUCUAUUACCCAAGCAUCUUCAUGGCGGUUAUGUUCGUCUUCCUGUUUUUCUUCUUGGAGGAAACGAACUACGACAGAAAAUUGAAUAGUAUAGCCGACAGCAGCGACCAAAACACUUUAGAUCCUGCUGCGUCCGAGAAGGAAGCCGGCCAGAAUAACACCAAUACAUCUAUCGAAAGCGUGGAGGCUCGCGAUGUCACCACGCCCACGUUCCUGUACAAAAAGAAGCCGUACUGGAGGAAACUGUCGCUAUUGAACGUGAGCAAGGGUCAAAACGUAAUCUUGCUCCGGCUGUGGCAAUCGCUCUACUUGUUGAGCUGGCCGAUUAUUCUUUACUGCGGUGUCCUCAACGGGACCGCAUCAAUUAUCCUGGGGUCCCCUCCUUACAACUUCAAGUCCUCAUGGGUUGGUCUGAGCUACUUGUCUAGUUGUCUGGGAGUGGUGGCAGCUGUCUUCAUCGUUGGCCCCUUCAGCGAUUGGCUCAAUCUCAAACUUGCUCGACGCAAUCAUGGCGUUCUGGAAGCCGAGUAUCGAUUGUGGCCCUUUACAAUCUGCCUGUUCCUGGUGCCGGGAGGCCUGCUCUUGUGGGGCGUUGGUGCGGCGCACCAUGUCCAUUGGUUCGGCCUCAUAGUAGCCGAGUUUAUUAUGGCGUUCUGUGUUGUAUGUGGAGUGACGCUGAGUAUCAACUACAUGAUAGACAGCUACCGUGAGCUCAGUGGCAUUGCCAUUUGCGGUGUCAUUUUUGUUCGGAACACCAUGGUGUUCGCUAUGGGUUAUGGGAUUACUCCAUGGGUCACGGAUCUGGGGUAUCAGAACUGCUUCAUUUCCGCCGCCUUUGUUGGCAUGGCUUGUGCAUCGUUGUAUCUGGUCAUGAUCAAGUUCGGCAAGAGGUGCCGGAUUCGCUCGCGAGAGAGAUAUUGGAAACUGCUGGCCAAGAAUAAAGAGCAAGGAGUGCAGCCGACGGAGCAUUAA